AUGGCGCCGGGGCCGUUCCCCGAGGACGCGGUUCUCGCCCUCCACUACAACUACACCGGGAAGCUGCACGCCGGGCGUUACCGGGGCGGCCUUCGCCCCGAGACCCUCCUCUUCCUCCUCGUCUGCGGUUUCAUCGUGGUGGAGAACCUGGUGGUGCUGGUGACCAUCUGGAGGACCAAGAAGCUCCACUCCCCCAUGUUCUACCUGCUGGGCAACCUCACCCUCUCCGACCUGUUGGCCGGCGUCGCCUACACCGCCAACAUCGUCCUCUCCGGCGCCAACACCUUACGGUUGACGCCGGCGUUGUGGUUCUUGCGGGAAGGCGGAGUCUUCCUCACCUUGGCCGCCUCGGUCUUGAGCUUGUUGGCCAUCGCGGUUGAGCGUCACCUCACCAUGGCGCGGGUACGGGUGACGCGGGGGGACAAGAGGGGUCGGAUGUGGUCGUUGGUGGCGGCCAGUUGGGGGGUUUCGGUGGCGUUGGCGGCGUUGCCGGGGUUGGGGUGGAACUGCCUGGGCGACCUCCCGGCCUGCUCCACCGUCCUCCCCCUCUACUCCAAACGCUACGUCUUCUUCUGCGUCGCCGUCUUCCUCGCCAUCCUCCUCACCAUCGUCGUCCUCUACGUUCGCCUUUACCGCGCCGUCCGACGCUCGGCCAACCUCCGCCCUUCGCCGAAAUCCCCGGCUUUGUUGAAAACGGUGACGGUGGUGGUGGGGACCUUCAUCGCCUGCUGGUCCCCCCUCUUCCUCCUCCUCCUCCUGGACGCCUGGUGCUGCCCGCGGGCGUGCGCGGUGCUCUACCACGCCGACUACUUCUUGGGUUUGGCCAUGGCCAACUCUUUGCUCAACCCCCUCAUCUACACCGUUUCCCCCGCCUGCACCAACUGGGUGAAACCCGCCUGCCCCAACCGCCGCCUCUACGUCCAGGCCCUGCUCCGCGCCGUCCGCUGCCACUCCCUCACCCCGCACUUCCUCCAGAUGCAGCUCCAAAAAUGCGAAAUCCUCCGAGCCGAUUCCCGCUCCAAGGAUUACCUGGCGCAAAUUUUCCAAGAUUUAACUCUUCAUAAACCCACCCAGGUUUUACCCUGUCGGACCCCCAAGGUGGGCCAGCUCAUUUACACCGCCGGCGGUUAUUACCGGCAAUCUUUGAGUUAUUUGGAAGCCUACAACCCUCGGGAUGGAUCCUGGAUCCGUUUAGCCGAUCUCCAGACUCCCCGGAGCG